AUGGUUGACAAUUUAAUUGAAAAAUUUAAUGUUAGAGAAUUAUCACAAAAAUGCGUCGGAGGACAAGAACUUCAACAGCAGAGAAAAGCAAUUCAAGCCAUUUCCGAAUCCACAAGUGUUUUACUUAAAAAAAAUGUUUACAAAAAUUACAUACAAUUUAUUGAAACGGCAAAAGAAAUCACUCAGUUGGAAAGUGAAAUGUAUCAAUUAUCACAUUUAUUGUUUGAACAAAAAUCAUUAUUAGAAACUUUAAUUGAUUCAACUAAUUUUAACGAAUCCUUAGGAGAAGAAGAUGCAAAGAGAAAACAAAAAGAGGAGGAAGAUAGAGUUAGAGUUCUUACAUCGAUAUUAGAAAAAGUCGAAGGAUGUACUGGACUUUUAGAAGUAAAAGACAGAGUGCUUUUAUAUGAGGGAGAUAUUUUGGAAUUGGAUCCAGUGGAAUAUAGUAUAAUUCAUAAAACUCAUGCUUAUUUAUUCUCAGAUUCUUUAAUGCUAACUUCUUGGAUUACAAAUAGGAGAGGACCAGCAAAGUAUAAAAUGUAUGUUGUGUAUAAUUUAAAUAGUAUGGCUGUUGUCAAUGUCAGAGAUCUGAAAACAAUAGAAAGAGCUUUUAAAAUUCUAGCUUAUCCCGAUACGAGACUAUUUCAAUGUUCUUCGAUUGAAUCAAAGAAAGAAUGGUUAGAUCAUUUAGAUCAGGCUAAAAAAGCAAUACUUGCAAGUGAAAAAAUUAAAAGAGAAUCAAGUCAAACUGGUCCUGCUCCCAACGAAGAACCAAUAAAUAUAGAUUCUCCUACAACUUUAUUCGAUGAAGAAUCAAUAUUUCCAAAUUUAAAUUUACCAGAUUGGUUUUUAGAAAGUCCAGAAGAAAUCGAUGUAUUCAUAGCAGAAAGACAUUUUGAAGAUGCUUUAGAACUUCUCAAUAAAUGCAAAGAAUAUUGUGAUGGUUUAGACGAACAACAAAAAGAUUCAGUUGUCAUAGAUAUAAAAAAUAAAAUUGAGAAUAGGAAAAAAAAUUUAAUCGAUGUUUUAAUGAAAGAAUUGGAAGUUUCACCGGAUAAAAGUUUACAAGGUGGUUUGAGAGCGGCCAGACGUGCAGUCAGACUUCUCAUUGCAUUAAAUAAAACGAUACAAGCAUGCGAAUCCAUGUUAAAACUUUGCACGAGCAUAAUGAAGAAAGAAUUGAAAUGCGUUAAAAGAGAGGGUGCCACGAUUUUAUACAUCAGGCAAUUAGGUACGAUAUUUUAUCAGACGCUUUUAGACGUGGUCGAAGAAUUUCGUAAAAUAUUUCCGGAGUCUUCUGCUUGCUUAGCGUCACUCGUCAUUUGGUCGAAUUCCGAAUUAACUCAUUUCAUGUCUCACGUUAUUAAACAAAUAUUUGUACCGCAAUCGGGAUUAUCAAUUAUAUCGGAAUGCGUUUCUUGUUUGAGAGAAAAAAACAGUCAGCUUUGUAACUUUGGAUUAGAUCUUCAAUAUCAAAUGGAUGGAAUGUUUUUAAAACCUGUGACUUUAGCACUUCAAGAUUCUAGAGAUAAAUUAAUAGAAGCUAUUAAACAUAGGUCGGGAGAAGAAAAAUGGCAUUUAAUGAAUUUAUCAAAUAAAAAUAAUUUAAAUAAACUCAUAUCGGAAUUUAAUGAUUUGGGAUUGACUAGUGUGCAUGUUUACACGAGGGGAGAUUGUUGGCUCGAAUUAACAUCAAACACUGUUGCUUUUACAAAAUCAGUCAUGACUCUUUUCGAAGAUUGCAUGAAAUUAUAUUCUUCUCAUUUAUUUCAUGUUAUCGAAGACGUACUGUAUGAAAUAUUCAACAUUCAGUUUAAAGUUUUACAAAGUGCAAAAAAAUUACACAAAUCGUCAGAAUCUGAGGCUCAAAUAAUUAACAAAAACGUCAAAUUUUUAUUAGAUGAUGUUUUGAAGUUAAUAGAAAAAAAUUUUGAAAAUAAAACAAAAAUUUCGUCGGAAAGAAUAGGAGGUCUCACUACAGAAUAUAAUAAUUUAAAAUUAGGUAUUGAAAAACCCAAACCUGCACCUAGAUCCAUAACUAAAUACUCAUCAGAAGAAUUUAUUUAA